CCUUGUUUCUUCGAUUCCAAGGGGUGUGUGUUGGAAACUGAUUACUGAGUAGAAAAUAAGCAGAGCUUAACAACAAAACCAAACCCUGAAAACUUGCAAAAUUCUCUUUUGCUGCAUCUACGUUCUGCUUAUGCGUAUCAACUGAGUCCUUAACUCGUUUAUCCCAACUCAAACUCGACUCGCCCGAGCUCAAGCAUCAGCUCAUGGCGAAUAACCCUUCCGAGGCUCCCGGCGAUGACUUCCUCGAACAGAUCCUUGGCCUCCCGACGUUCGCUUCCGGCGACUCUACCUUGGCCGGUACGGCUUCUCCGCCUCCGAUGAUGCUGCAGCUCAACUCCGCCGAUGCUAACCCCCACCUCGCCGCCGGCGCUGCCUUUCACUCGCCGGUGUACCAGUUGGGGUUGAGCUUGAAGCCCGAGGAUGCCUCCGGUAGUGGGAAACGCUUCCGCGACGACGUCAUCGAUGGUAGAGCUCAGAAUGUAAGACCAGUUUUUCAUGGGCAACCCAUGCCUACCUCUAUUCCUGCUGCUCCACAUCCUCCAGCAAUGCGUCCUAGGGUGCGGGCUAGAAGAGGACAGGCUACAGAUCCACACAGCAUAGCUGAACGGUUACGCAGAGAAAGAAUAGCAGAAAGAAUCAGGGCUUUGCAAGAACUGGUUCCAAGUGUCAACAAGACAGAUAGAGCUGCCAUGUUAGAUGAAAUUGUGGAUUAUGUGAAGUUCCUAAGGCUUCAAGUGAAGGUUUUAAGCAUGAGUAGAUUGGGCGGAGCUGGUGCAGUGGCACCACUGGUAACUGACAUCCCAUUAUCAUCAGUCGAGGAAGAAGGCGGUGAAGGUGCGAGAAACCGACCAGCUUGGGACAAGUGGUCAAAUGAUGGCACAGAAAGACAGGUAGCUAAGCUUAUGGAAGAAAAUGUUGGGGCUGCCAUGCAAUUUCUUCAAACAAAGGCACUCUGCAUCAUGCCCAUCUCACUGGCAUCAGCAAUAUACCAGUCACAACCACCGGACACCUCUAGUAUAGUCAAGCCUGAAACUAAUCCUCCUUCUUAGACCUCAGGCACAUAGUGCACAAUCUAUUGGUCCCAUCAAGGGCUCACAUAGUACUGCUGGGACCCACGAGUUAUUUAUCUGUUCCAAACCGCCAUAAUUAAGUAAUUGGCGAGCAUAUCAAGUUGCAAUCAAAGUCAGAUUCCAUAAUUCUUUCUUUUUUGCCUUUCUUUCAGCUUUUGUCAAUACAGGGGUCGAUGUCCAUGCCUUAGAAAACACAAGCAGACCCCUAUCUUGUCUUGACAAGUUUCAAGCAAAGAGGACGAAAUUGUCAAAAGUUAACUUGAUAUAUGCUCUUCUCUUUUUGUAUCAAUGGGUGGUGCUAGUGGAACAUGAUGAAAGCGCUUUUGUAGUGGGGCUUAGUUUUUGUAGUGGGCUGUGGGACCUUUCAAAAGGUUAGAGUGGUGUGUAUAUUUUUAUUAGUGAUGUAACCCUAGAGGAUUUUAAAUGCAGAGGUGGAAUGGAUCUUAUUUGCUUGAAGAAAGCUGGGUGUUGCCAAGUCCAGCAGAAAAUGAUGGUGCUUUUUGUUUGUUUAGGGUGUGCGUGAGUUGUUUACUCAAAAAGUAAUUAGACGACUUUUUCUGAUUCUCCUGAAUCAUU